AUGGCCUUCUCGCGCCUUACCAAGGCUCUUACAGCCUUGUCAUUCGCUUUGUCGUCUUUUGGAUUCGUCGCAGCAAACAGCGAUGCAUAUACUAAUUCAGCCUGUGGCUCUUCCUCCUCAGGCCAUAUCCCCUUCACCAUCGAUGUCACCUGGGGACCAACAGAUGAGAGCAAGGCUUUCGUAAGAAAUGCUUUCCUCAUCAACGGCACCCUCCCCGGCCCAGCCCUUCACCUCAAGGUUGGCGAUAUCGUCGACUUCACCGUCAUCAACAACAGUCCUGCUGUGACUGGUGUCCAUUUCCAUGGUAUUCGACAACUCGAAACUCCAUGGGCUGAUGGCGUACCCGGCGUCUCCCAGACUGUCAUCAAGUCUGGAACCACCUACACUUAUACCUGGGUCGCUGAUGCCUCCGGAACCUACUUCUACCAUGCUCACUACAAAGGACAGAUGAUGGACGGUCUCUUUGGAGCCAUCAUCAUCGCACCCGCUGACAACGCCGAUACUCCCUUUGGGUUGAUUGGAGACGCCAAACAGGUCAAGGCUGCCGCUGAUAAGGUCACCCCUGUUUUCGCCUCAGACUGGAACCGAUUCUCUUUCGACGAGUUCUUCCAGAUUGAGCAAAACGCCAACAUCGACUGGGCUUGCACCGACUCCAUCACCUUGAACGGCUUCGGCUCUCAACUCUGCCCUGGUGUUGAUUUCCUCUCCGCCAACGCAGCUCCCCAAGUACCCAAGAUUCUGAACGGCACAUCUCUCACCGCCAAGGGCUGCAUUCCCGCCAGUAACCCCGUCGUUCAAGGACAACAAUUCACCCGCAAUUUGGCAGCACUUCCUCCUGGAGCCUACGACGUUUGCACACCUUUCACUGGCGCAAACUUCACUCAAUCAGUCGACCCCAAGGACGGAUGGGCAGCUUUCUCAUUCAUCAGCCCUGCCAGCUUUGCUAUCUUCAACAUUGCCAUUGACAACCACAAAUUGUAUAUCUAUGAGUACAACGGAAACUACAUCCAACCUCAAGUCGUGGACAAAUUCACGCUCUCCAAUGGUGAUCGUAUCUCUUUCUUGGUCAAGCUCGACCAGACCCCAGCUGACUACAUCAUCCGUGUUGCCAACGCUGGUAUCAACCAGGUCAUCUCCGGAUUCGGUAUCUUGGCAUACAAGGGAGGUGAUGAUUUCAUCUCAACUCAAGGUGUCAUCAACUUUGGCGGCCAGAACACCACCACUAUCACCUCGUUCGCCCCUGGACGUGCUGCGCCAUACCCGGCGGUUCAAGUCGCUGCUAAAGCUGAUCAGACCUUUGUCCUGGACAUCCUGAAGAACCCUUCCCUGCCAACUGACGCGUGGGCAUGGACUCUGUCUGGCAAGGAAGGAUAUGACGAGUCUCGUGAUGAUGCUGCUCCUCCCCUCCUGUUCCAAGAUCCCGCCUCCAUCCCAGAGAGCGAACUGAUCUUGAGAACCAAGUUCAACCAAUGGAUUGAUUUGAUCAUCAAGGUUGAGGGCCCCGUUGCUCAACCCCAUCCUAUCCACAAGCACGCCAACAAGUUCUUCGCUAUUGGUGCCGGCACUGGCGCCUUCAACUUCACCACUGUUGAUGCUGCCAUCGCCGGAGGCCUGAGAUUCAAUCUUGACAACCCUCCAUUCCUCGAUGGUUUCACCAGCAUUCCUGCAGAAGGAACUGGAUCCUGGAUGGUCUUCAGAUAUCAAGCCAACACUCCAGGUGCCUGGCUCUUGCAUUGCCACAUCCAGACCCACUUCUCAGGUGGUAUGGGUCUCGCCAUCCUUGAUGCCAUUGACAACUUCCCCAAGGUCCCAACUGAUGUUGGUAAGACAUGCUCCGGAUCAGGCUCAGGAUCAGGAUCAGGAUCAGGCAGUGGUUCAGGUUCAGGCUCAGGCUCAGGCUCAGGCUCCGGCUCAGGAUCCGGCUCAGGCUCAGGAUCCGGCAGUGGCUCCGGCAGUGGCUCCGGAUCUGGCUCAGGCAGCGGUUCAGGAAGCGGUUCCGGAUCUGGCUCAGGCUCAGGCUCUGGAUACGGCUCUGGAUCCACGACUACAGCCACAACUACCGCCACUCGAUCUGCCACUAUUGCUACAUUCACUGGCGCCGCAUCAAUUGAGAAGCCCAUGUUCUGGUCUGCUUCUCUGGGUCUGUUGGCUCUGUGGUUUGCUCUGUCAUGA